UUUACGUCAGUUCAUGGGACCCGACUUGGGGCUGAGGCUGAUUUCCUUAACAUGGGCUCUUUCGUUUCACAGCCCCUUGACCCUGUCAAGUUCGUUGCGCCUCCCGAGGCCACCUCCACCGCUGAGCCCGCACAGGUCACUGCCCCCGGAGCGCCAGCCUCUCCAGCGCAAGCCCCUCUAUUUAAUAACUGCUGGAGCUGUCGCGUGCUCUCCGGGUCGGGGCUGAUAGGGGCAGGCGGGUAUGUGUACUGGAUGGCGCGGAAGCCCAUGAAGCUGGGAUAUCCCCCGGGUCCUGGGACUAUUGCGCAGAUGAUCUUCGGCAUCAGCAUUGCUUGCUGGGGUGUGGUCAUCCUGUCAGACCCCAAAGGGAAGGCCUUCCGCACUGGAUGACGGUACCACCCGUGAAUCUGCCGUCUCCCCACGUCCCCACGACACACAGAGCAAGCAUGGCAGUUACAGAUGUUCCGGACAGAAACAUGGACAUUGACAGACUUCAGUCCUGCAGAUACUACACGACUGAAAAGACAAACAUUGAUUGUCAUUCAUGGGCCAUGACUGUUUAUGGCCUUCUUUGCAGGUUCCACAGGGACCAAUAAAUCCCUGAGAGAAGA